AUGGAGACCGCGUGCGAGAUAAUUGAUGAGCCCCAGCAGUCGCUGGUCAAGCGGAUUUAUUAUUCGGCGAGGGACGGAAUGGCGAUCGCGCUCUACAGCUUGCUGAACGACAAGUCCGACGUCGACGUUAAUUAUCUGAUUAACCAGAAAGUCUUAGAAGAUGAUGGACAAAGAUGUACACCUUUAAUAGUUGCCGCGCGUUAUGGACAUAAUAAGGUAGUCAGAAUGUUGCUCGACAAGUUCAAGCCUGAUUUAGAGCAGGAAGGAACGGUUAAAUUCAACGGAUAUGUCAUUGAAGGUGCCAGUGCCCUUUGGGCUGCAGCAGGAGCCGGACACUUGAACGUUCUUAAAACUCUCGUGAAGGCAGGAGCAAACGUCAAUCAUCCAACAAAAACUAAUUCUACGCCUCUUCGAGCGGCGUGUUUUAAUGGACGUUUGGACAUCGUUAAAUACUUGAUCAAUCAUCAGGCAGAUUUAAAUAUUCCCAACAUGUUUAACAACACUUGCCUUAUGAUAGCAUCGUACAAGGGACACCUGGAUAUUGUUAAUUUUCUAUUAGACAAAUCGGCAGAUCCGAACAAGAAAGCAUAUUGCGGGGCGACGGCGUUGCAUUUUGCCGCCGAAUGUGGACACAGUGCCAUCGUGUGCGAGCUACUGAAGUACAGUACGGAAAUGACGAAGAAUGUGAGCGGCAUGACACCUUUAAUAACGGCUGCCGAGCGGACGCGCGCGGAAGUCGUUGAAUAUCUAGUGCAAAGGAGAGAAGUAACGAAGGAAGAAGUAAUAGAUGCUUAUGAGCUACUCGGAGCAUCAUACGCUAAUGAUAAGGAUAAUUAUUGUCUAACUAAAGCGUACAUGUAUCUGUAUAAGGCAAUGGAGUUAAGGUAUAGUGAUACUGAUAAUAUUGUACAUAAGCAACUAGGUUCGACUGUGAAAGCAUAUGAGAAUUGGAAGGAAUGCGAGACGUUAGAAAAAUUAGAAAGUAUCAAAGACAAUCCCAAUGCCAUACAUAUGGAAUCGCUCGCUAUUCGGGAGAGAAUAUUAGGUCUCCAUAAUCCAGAACUGCCACAUCCUAUAGUAUUCAGAGGCGCCAUAUUUGCGGAUAACGCCAGAUUCGACAGAUGUAUAGACUUGUGGUUGCACGCUUUGAAACUGCGACAGCUCAAUGAUAUAUCCAUUGUGACAGACCUCCUUCGAUUUGCGCAAGUCUUCUCGCAAAUGAUACACGUGGGUGUCGAUCUAGAUAUUUCUCAAGUGAUAAACGUUCUUGAGGCAAGCGUAACGGAGUUGCAUAGGAACAAGGCCAAAAUCCAGAAUCCAGAUUCCAAGGAUGACAUCGAUCAAUUUGUUGAAGAGAUGGAAUCGAAUAUUACAACGACUCUAUAUAUUCUAACGAUUCUGACCAAACUGAUGACACUUAACGGAGACAGAUGUGAUGAAUCGGAUUUAACACAGGCGCAUCAUCUGGUGCAUAAAUUAUGUGCGUUACGGGUAUGCUUGAAGGACGGGCAGACUCUGUUACAUCUUGCUGUGAAUGCCGAAACUCCCGUCGACGAUUUUCACACUAAUGACGUGUGCAAAUUUCCAUGUGCAGCUACAGCGCGAUUACUGAUUCAUUGCGGUGCUGACAUAAACGCAAUGGAUAACGAAAGAAAUACACCGCUCCACAUUAUUGUCGGUUACAGUAAAGCAAUUAGCGAUUUUGCGACCUUACAUUCAAUUAUAAUAGAUCUUAUAGAAGCUGGAGCGCAUAUGGAUACUGUAAAUAAUAGAGGAUAUACACCGUACGAUGCGGUUACCACGGGUGUAGCUAAAAUAAUAUUACGUACUCAGACUAAAUUGUCUUUAACGUGUAUGGCAGCCAAAGCAAUUAAGACUUACGACCUGCCCUAUCGUGGUAAUGUUCCACGUUCACUCGAAAGUUUUAUAGAGCUUCAUGGGCCUGGGCUUAAUCAGAGUUGACAAGCCUUUAAUUUACCACGAAGCAUCGAAAUUUUCUUGUACAAUGUACGUAGACUGCGUUCGCUUUGGGCGCUUUCGUGCUGAAAGCGUCAGUCCAUCUUUAUGCUCAUUACAUGUUGAAAAGAUGGAGUUAUGCUUUCAGCACGAAAGCAUCCAAAGCGAACGCAGCCGUAAUACUUAAUAUAAUAUUUUUGUACAAAAAAAUAUGCUAAAUAUCUGAAUAAUCUAAAAUUCUGUAUGUUGCACAAUAAUUUGAUAUAUCCUAUAUAAAAUCAGAAUUCUAGAUAUCUCGUGAGAUACUAACGUGCAAUUUACAUAAAAUUAUAUAAAAAUUAUCACGCGAUUCGUAAAACUUUUUAUGAUGUAAGCUCCUAUUCAACGAUACACGUAUAUAUUGAGAAUUGUCUUUUUAUAUUAAAUAUUGUACUUUAUAGACGGUAAAUAGUAUCGCUACAUAGUCGCUGCGUAACAAAGUGUUUAAAUAAUUAGCGGCUAUUGUGCAUUCAACUUUUUGCAAUUUUUCGUUUUCAUCGAUUUUAACUGUAAUUACUGUGAUAAAUGAAAUCAAAUUAAAUAAACUUUUCAAACUACAGCAAA